AUGCAAGCUUCUGACAUGGUGCAGCACGCUAUCAACAUCCAUCGAGCUGGACUCCCUCAAAUAGCCAUUACAAUGAAGGCAGCGGAUGAGCCUGCCUACCUGACUGUGGGAACUGAUGUUAGCGCAAAGUACCGCGGUGCCUUCUGUGAGGCUAAAAUUAAGACCGUCAAACGGAUGGUCAAAGUUAAGGUGCUGCUCAAAGGAGACAGCACUUCACAGGUUGUCCAGGAUGACCAGGUCAAAGGGCCUCUGAGGGUGGGCUCCACAGUUGAGGUGAAGAGCCCAGAGGGAGUCCUGAGCGAGGCAGUCAUCAACAAACUCACAGACGCCAGCUGGUACACCGUGGUGUUCGAUGACGGGGACGAGAAAACACUGAGAAGGACGUCGCUGUGCCUGAAAGGCGAGAGACAUUUUGCUGAAAGCGAGACUUUGGACCAACUGCCCCUCACCAAUCCGGAGCACUUUGGCACUCCCGUCAUUGGGAAGAAGACCAACCGCGGCCGCAGGACCUCCCAGGCUGUGCCUGCCAGGAUGACAGGAUGGAUGACUUCGGCGAGGAUGAGGAGGAUCAGCGAUGAGCUGCUGGGGAAGGUGGCCAGUGUGCAGAGCAGCAACUCCUCCUACCUGGCGCUGGUUAUAUCUCCCAGCUGCAAUGACGACCUGACUGUCAAAAAGGACCAAUGUUUAGUGAGAUCUUUUGCUGAUUCCAAAUUUCACACCGUGGCAAGAAAAGACAUCCAUCAGCUGAACAUAGACAGCAUAUCGAAGUCGGAGUACUCUUCCAAGAAAGGGCUUGAGGGCGCCAUGCACUUCCUGAAGACCAAGGAGGUGCCUGAGAGCUGGAAGAUGGACAUGAGCGAGAUCCUGGAGUCGUCCAGCAGCGACGAGGAAGAGGAGGACCGAGGCAAAGAGAGCGAGGAAGAAGAGAAGGAGGCCGAGGCUGACCAGCCUGACGAUGAACCAGACCCGGAGGAGAGGGACCACUUCCUACAGCAGCUUUACAAAUUUAUGGAAGACAGAGGAACUCCCAUAAACAAGCCUCCCGUGCUGGGCUACAAGGAUCUCAACCUCUUCAAGCUCUUCAGGCUGGUGCAUCAGCAUGGGGGCUGUGACAAUAUUGAAAGUGGCUCCGUGUGGAAACAGAUCUACAUGGACCUGGGGAUUCCAGUCCUCAAUUCGGCUGCCUCCUACAAUGUCAAGACCGCCUACAGAAAGUACCUGUAUGGCUUUGAGGAGUACUGUCGGUCUGCUGGCAUCACCUUCCGCACUGUCCACCAUAAUGACCCACGUCCUGCCGUGGCGCCCAGUGAGCAGCAGAAUCCCGUGAAGCAGGAGCCCGCCGACGCUCGUCAGGAGUCCGAGACGGCCGCUGCCGCCACUGAAGACAAACCAGCUGCCGACGAGGAUGACUCUGAGGCAGAGAGCGAAAAAGCCCACAAAGGAGUCUCCUCACCGAGGGGUCGGCGGCGGUGCACGUUGACUCCGGUGAAGGUGGAGACCAAGGAGCCCACGCGCCAGGAGCGCCAGCUGCACCAGCAGCAGCAGAGAGAAGAGCAGCUGCAGCGGCAGCAGCGGAAAGAGGAGCGCGAACGCGAGAGGGAGCGCGAGAGGGAGAGGGAGGCCCGUGCCGCAGGGGAGGCCAGCGAGGAAGAGGAGGAGGAGGAGGAAGGGGAGCAGCAGGAGGAGGAGCAGCAGCAGCAGAGGGACAGGAGGGAGCAGGAGGGAGACGGCCGGCCCGAGCCCCCCAGCAAGAGACGCAGCCGCCGCUUCGAGGAGUCGGACAAGGAGUCGGAGGACGAGGAGCAAGAGGAUGAUGAGGAUGAGGAAGAAGACGACGGAGAGAGGUCCAGGACCCAGGAACGGGGUGAGAAUGAAGAUGGUGAGGAAGACUCCGAGCACUCUGUUACGGGGACAAAGGUGCGAGUGAAGUAUGGGCGGGGCAAAACCCAGAAGAUCUACGAGGCCAACAUCAAAAACACCGAGACGGAUGACGGAGAGGUGCUUUACCUGGUGCACUACUACGGCUGGAACGUCCGCUAUGACGAGUGGGUGAAGGCAGACAGGAUAAUCUGGCCUGUUGACAAAGGAGGAACAAAAAGGAAACAGAAAAAGAAAGUCAAGAAUAAAGAGGAUGGAGAAAAGGAGGAGGACAAGCAGGCCAAGAUGGGGCCGAAGAGGGGCCGGCCCCCGCUCAAAUCCACUCCUCCCAGUGCCUCGCGCAGCGCCUCCAAGACCCCCAGCAAUGAGAGCCGCUCAGGCAGCAAGAGCUCCCACCAGUCCGAACCCUCAGCUCUGCCCAACGGAGACGGAACUCCCCGGAGACGCACUAGGAGGACUUCAGGGAUGUAUGACUCAGACCGAGGAUCUAACGAUUCAGGGAAUUCUUCUGAGGACAGUGAGAGUGAAGACCUGUCUGACAAGAAGCCUGACUGGACAGAGGGGACGGACCAGGCCGUAGUGGCCAAGCAGGAGGAGGAGGAGGAGGAGAAGAAGAAGAGGAAGAGGAAGAAGAGGCGGCAACGGCCACAACAGCAGCAGAGGGAGGAAGUGCCGCUGAAGCGGCGCCCGCAGCAGCUACGGCGGAGAGGAAGAGCCUGUGGUGGCCAACCUCACCACAACGACUGUAGCAGCAGCAGCAAACAACAACAACAGCAUCAACAACAGCAGCAUCACCAAACAACACCACCACCACCAUCGACUCCAUCGACUCCAAUACAAUCAUCAGUGCCCAUGACUCCUGAGCCAGAGGAGAAGUUGACCCCCAGGUCAAAAGUACGUAGGGGGCGCCUCAAAGAGCCUGGUGCCGAGACCCCCACCCAGCCUGCCGUUGCGGCGGCCCCCACAUCCACCCCUGCCACCCCUGCGGCGCUUCCCGAGGGGGACACUCCUGGCAGCCUCCCACGGCCCGCCAAGAAGCCCCAGGAGGCUGUUCCUGUGUCGCCGCAGCUGGCCCAGAGUGAGCGAGAGAGGCCCCGCGAGCCGGCUGACUCGGACACGGACUCGGCCACCGAGGAGGUGGACAACGAAGAGCACAACGCAAGCGCCGUUAGCGCCGUCAGCGCCAGCCCGAUCAGCAGCAGUAGCAGCGUGGUCAAGCGCAAGGCCACCGAGCAGCGCUCGCCCGAGAAGCGGGCGCGCCUGGAGCCCCCCGCCAAAACCCUGUCGCCCGAGAAGAGAGCCCCCGAGACGGAGAGAAGGAGUGAGGGAGCGUCCAAAGGAGGAGCUGAGUACUUCGCCGCACCCACAGCGGCUGUGGCGGCGGCGACGGCAAUGGCGGCAUUGUCAGCGGUCAAAGAAUCGGAUGUGAAGAUGGAGAUGCCGUCCCUGACCCGAGAGGUUCAGGCCAAAACAGAUGCGGGCACGCCUAGCUCCGUGCCCCCCCAGGUGGAGCCGUCGUCGGGCAGGGACGAGGAGAUGAUGCCCCAGAUUGGCCCCGAGGCGCUGCUCUGCUACGAGGUGGACCUGGACGACCUGGACGAGAAGGAGAAGCCCGCCGGCGAACUGCUCCUGCCUGCGAGCCGAGGCGGAGAGGUGAAGAACCAGCUCCCGCCCUCGUCGUCCGCCUCCUCGUCUUCCUCUUGCACGUCGUCCUCGUCCUCCCACCUGCCGCUCGGCGCCACGGCGGCGUCGGUCCCCCAGCGGCCGUCGGCCAUCUCGUCCUCGGCCUCCCCGCCGACCUCGGCCGCCAGCCCGGAGUCGCACAGCACAAAGAGCGAGAGCGACGUGACCAUCGAGGUGGACGGCGAGUCGCAGGAGGGCCUGGGCGAGGCAGAGUCCAUGCACGGCUUCGACGCCAGCGCCAGCUCCAGCUACUCCAGCCUCUCGCUGCAGGAGCGCGACACGAAGGAUCGAGGUCAGAAGAGGUUGACUGACGGCAACAGCAGCUCUGCUUCCAAGAAGGUGAAGCGCAACCAGAAACGCUCUAGCACUACCGCCAAGACUGAAAAGAAUGGAACAGGUCACAGCAGUGACAGUGAGGACCUGCCGGUCACAGACCCCUCCAAUAAGCUGACCCCCAGCAAGCCCUCCAGCAUAGCCAAGGCCCAGAAGCAGUCGCGCUCCCCAGGGACCGUGUCCCCCAACAGUAAGGAGACGGACAAGGACAAGCACAAGGACAAGCAGGCCUUCCCUUCCCCACGCACAUACAAGUGGACAUUCCAGCACACUGAGCUGGACAACAUGUCGAGCACAGAGCGGAUCUCCUUCCUCCAGGACAAGCUGCAGGAGAUCAGGAAGUACUACAUGUCCCUAAAGUCUGAGGUGGCCUCCAUCGACCGCCGGCGCAAGAGGUUAAAAAAGAAAGAAAGAGAAGUGUCCCACACCACAGCUUCCACUUCUUCCUCAUCCGACACGGGCAUGAGUCCCUCGUCUGCGUCGCCCACUCAGAACACAGUUGCCGUGGAGUGCAGGUGAUGACACGCCCGUGGUGGCCCCUCCUACCCAGCCUGACCCCUCUCCCAGACCUCUGCCUUGUCAGCAUUGCGCUGCCUCACCCUGCAGUCACACCAAACGCCGAGCCAGAGCCAGCGACCAAUAGCACUCGACUGCCCCCUUUCCAUCACCACCUGGCCACUCCCACUUCCUGCACUUUGUAAAAAGAAAGAAAGAAAAAACUGAUCCUGCCUCUCUCUCUCUCUUUCUAUCUCUUUGUCUCUCUCUCUCUCACACACUUUGAGCUCUCAACCAGUUGCAGCAUCAGGAGAAAGGAUUUCAUGCGAGACAGAAUGUAACACACAAACACGACUACACCAACAACUCUGUCCUGUGUACAUGCAGUACACACACAGCCACGCACACACACCACACACACUCGACCCCUCUUACUCUGCAGCAUCCAUACAGUGCACAGAUACACCUCAAUACACCUCACACCACUGUCCAUUGUACACCGAAUACAAGGCACUUUCUCCUCCAUCCUUUCCGCUCCCCUCCCUGCUACGCCUUUACACCCCAGAGAUUCAGAGAUCCACCUGCGGCGGCCCGUAUGUUGGGGCUGGUUUGGAUGCAGUAACAAACAAACAAACAAACAAGCAAAAGAAAGAAAUCCUCCAUGUUGUUCCUUGAGCAGGAUAAGGUUAGUUCAUGGCAUCACACUAGUUAAGACGCUCCCUGUUGUGGUCACUUAACCAGCUGGACAUGGUUAUCAAGGAAAGACGAUUGAAACAAAUGAAAAAAAAAAAGGUCAAUUUUUCUUCGCUUGCUCCAUCAGAACUGCCAAAGUACAUGUGUUACAGCAGAGUGCCCUAUUUUGGAAAAAAUAACGAGGACAAAGUCAGUUGCAAAGGGGAAUGUAGUGUACUGAAAACUGUAGCUGCUGUCUUCCACUCUUUGUAAAACAAGUGUGCGAGCACAGAUUAUAAGUAUGCAAAAGUUAUUUUUGUCAUCCCUUUUAAUAGAAAAAACAGUUCUACAGAAAAACAAAAAAAGUAGACGAGAACGUACAUGUUUACAGUGGAAUGCAGGACAAAAGACGUUUUCAGUGGACUCAUUUCCUUUUGCGAGUGUCUUUUGUCAUUUUAUAUGUAAUUGCAGAGUUUUUAUUUUAGUACAGGAAAAAAAAAGAAUUUCAAAAAAGUAUAUACGGCAGCCGUGAAGUUAUUUAAAUUAAAUAUUUCUAGUGCUGGCAUUUCAUUUCUUUUGUGUAAAAUAAAAGGUAUUAUUUGCAACUUGUUAAAUAUAUUUAUUCAGUCCAUAGAAGCGCAGUGUUUUUUUGUUCCCCUCCUUUAAAACAAUACUGAGACAUUGGCACCUCCCCUCUCAUCAGUUGGGUCCUUGAGAUGGUUUGAUGUUAGGACUAAUGUUAUAGACUCAACUGAAGGCAAGCUUUGACUGUGAUGUCACAACUGGGUAACUACUGUGCAGUUAAAUAUUGCUAUGACGACAACCCCCCCCUCCCCAUUUUUCCAUGCACACAGACACAUACCCAUCUUUAAUGCCAUUGAGCCCAAAACUCUCACUUUUCUCGAUGAGCUGACUCGUAAGAAUGCCACCAUUUGCCGGUGGCUCUCGUUUUUUUUUUUUCAUUUGGACUCCCUUCUCCCCCAUUUUGUUCUUAUUUCCUGGUACUUGUAUUUGUAAUUAUUUAAUUUUUUUCCUUCUCCAGUAUGAAUUCUGACCAACUCAAUAAAACUGUUGCUUAUUGAACGUGUACGUAUUAGCCCAGGGGUUCUUACUAUGAUUGUUUCUUUUGUACAUAGAUCUUCCAGAACCAUGUAUUUGAAAAAUACAUUUUACACAAACUGUAAAAAAUGAUUUAUAUUAUUUUUUAAAAACAAUACAUCUUUGUAUAUGAAAUACCUUUCCUUUUUUCUAUGUCAAGUUGGUAGAAGCAUUAGCAUCACAUCUUUAAACUGUGUAUAAAUAAUCAAUCAUUGGUCUUCAGUGAGAGCUUUUGAGCCAAGACUGCCUAGACUGGUGGUGGAAAUGUUGAGUACACCUAAACAUAUUCAUGUUUAGGACAUCUCUUCAUUCAAUUGAAUGGAAGAACUCUUCCACUGACAAUUUCUCUUUGGAUUUCCUGUAUGAAGGAUAAACAAGGUAUUAGGUUCUCUUGAGCAAAGCCAUUGUAUCUUUAUGUAAAAUAAGCAGAGCUCUCAUUUCUAAUAAAGUUUGAAAUAUAA